AUGGAUACAACCAAGAUGGCGAGUGUUGUUGGAAAUGUCUUCACUCGUAGACUUGUGUCAGGUUCGGACAAGUACGGUUCUGUAGAUGCCGAUGGGAACAAAGUUGAAGUAGAAACAAGGGAAGAUGAGGAACAAAAUGUGAAACUGCAGCAGACCAUUGAUUUGCUUCUGGCAGCAGGCUACUUCAGGGCACGCAUUAAAGGCUUGUCACCAUUUGAUAAAGUUGUUGGAGGAAUGACCUGGUGUAUCACAACGUGCAACUUUGAUGUGGAUGUUGACUUACUGUUCCAAGAAAAUUCAACCAUUGGACAGAAAAUUGCUCUGACUGAGUCCAUUGUUGCUGUUCUCCCGAAAAUGAAGUGCCCACAUCGAAUUGAACCACAUCAGAUUCAGGGUCUUGAUUUCAUCCACAUCUUCCCAGUUGUACAAUGGCUUGUAAAGAGAGCAAUUGAAACCAGGGAGGAAAUGGGCGACUACAUCCGGUCAUUUUCCAUUUCACAGUUCAGCAAACAUCAUCAGAUGCCGGAGGAUGAAUCAUUUGAAGCUGUGAAGGGCAAGGCUCUUGAUGCCGUGUCCAGUGUUAAGGAUGUGUAUAGACCCCAGAGACGUUAUCGGCGCCAUGAUGCAGACAAAUUAAAGGAUGAAGAAACAAGAGUUCAGUCCACUUUACUGGAAUAUGGAAGACAGUAUGGUAUCACUCGUGUCGAUAAAGAUGAAAAGGAUAGUGGGAAGGCUGCCAAGAAAAAGGCAAUUGCUGCAGGAUUGGUCAAAGAUAACCAAGAAGAGGUGGAUGUUAAAGCUGAAGAAGAGCGUAUCAAAGCUCUUAUGAGUGGCAUGUCAGCCAUGGGAUCUCAAGAGGGUAAGGUUACGGCCAGUGCUGUUGGUUCCAUUGUAGGCAUGAAGUCUCAUGAAAUUCAAAAGAUGGCUACAGAGUAUGCCCAAAAACAAGCUGAGAUAGAGCAGAUGGAAAAGCAAGAAAGGCAAGGAGGGGUACAGCAACACAAGAGGAUAACUGCAGCACUCAGCAAACAAAUUGAACUACAGUCGAGUAAACUAGAAGAGGUGAGGGCCAAGCACACUGAGUUGCACAAGAUUUACCUGCAGACUCAACAGAAGCUUCAGGAGGUCCAGAAACAGAGCGCUGACAUCGAUCAUGAGAUGGAGAAGCUCUCAGAGAUUGAGCAAGGGGAGAACCAGAGUGUUAUUGAAACUCUGAGGGCCCUUGUGGCCAUGAAUGAAAAUCUCAAGAAACAAGAGCAGGAAUUCAAGGCUCAGUGCAAGGAGGAGAUGGCCAAGCUGAAAGAAAAUAUAGAGAAAUUGAAAGAAGAAGGAGAUGAGUUGGACACAGAGGAUAAGGAAAGGGUCAACCUUAUAGACAAACAAUACACUGCUGACAAGGAGAAGCUACACAAGAUUCGGCUAUUGCUAGCAAAGAAAAACCGAGAGAUUGCGGGACUGCAGAGAAAGAUUGAUGAGGUUCCCUCUCGAGCAGAACUGAGUCAGUACCAACGCCGCUUUGUGGAACUUUAUAAUCAAGUGGCAUCUAAACACAGAGAAACCAAGCAGUUCUAUACUCUCUACAACACACUGGAAGAUACCAAGACUUACUUAAAUAAAGAGGUUCAACUCCUGAAUUCUAUACACGACAACUUUCAACAGGCAAUGUCUUCUGCUGCCAAUAAGGAGACUUUCCUCAAGCAGUUUGAACAGAUUGUGGAGGGUGUUAAACAGAACAAAGCAAAGGCUGAGAAAAAACGACAAGAGGAGAAAAUGAAACGCGAUCAGUUGAGUGACCAGCAUUUAGACCUGAUAGAGAAACAAAGGCUGUACUUUAAAACUGUGAAAGAUUUCAAGGAAGAGUGCCGCAAGAAUGAAAUCUUGUUGUCCAAGUUGCGAAAUGAAUGA